CUCCGCCCCCCGCCCUCUGGGCUCGCGCUCCCCGGAGCCCGGCAGACCCCGCUCCGCCCGUGCCCCGCUCAGCACCCAGGCUCCCGGCCCGGUCCGCCCCUCUGCCCCUCUGUGGGGCCAUGGGGGCACCCCCGGGCUACCGACCCUCAGCCUGGGUGCAUCUCCUCCACCAGCUACCCCGCGCCGACUUCCACCUCCGCCCGGUGCCCAGCGGUUUCGCGCCCCGCGAUCAAGAGUACCAGCAGGCCCUGCUGCUGGUGACGGCCUUGGCGGGCCUGGGUUUGGGCCUGACCCUCAUCUUCAUCGCUGUCUACCUCAUCCGUUUCUGCUGCUGUCGACCCCCAGAGCCUCCCGGGGCCAAGAGCCCCCCACCCGGGGGAGGCUGUGUCACCUGGAGCUGCAUCGCUGCCCUUCUCGUGGGCUGUGCCGGCAUUGGCAUUGGUUUCUAUGGCAACAGCGAGACCAGUGAUGGGGUGUCCCAACUCAACUCAGCACUGCUGCACGCCAACCACACGCUCAGCACCAUUGAUGACUUGGUGCUGGAGACAGUGGACCGGCUGGGCGAGGCGGUGAGGACAGAGCUGACCACCCUGGAGGAGGUGCUGGCAGAGCGCACAGAGCUGGUGGCUGCUGCCAGGGGUGCUAGGCGGCAGGCCGAGGCUGUGGCUCAGCAGCUGCAAGGGCUGGCCUUCUGGCAGGGAGUGUCCCUGAGCCCUGUUAGGGUGGCUGAAGAUGUGUCUUUUGUGGAAGAGUACAGGUGGCUGGCCUACGUCCUUCUGCUGCUCCUGGUGCUUCUAGUGUUCCUCUUCACCCUCCUGGGCCUGGCGAAGCAGAGCAAGUGGCUGGUGGUCGUGAUGACUGCCAUGAGUUUCCUGGUGCUUGUCCUAAGCUGGGGCUCCAUGGGCCUAGAGGCUGCCACAGCUGUGGGCCUUAGUGAUUUCUGCUCCAACCCGGACACUUAUGUGCUGAACCUGACCCAGGAGGAGACUGGGCUCAGCUCAGACAUCCUCAACUAUUACUUCCUGUGCAACCAGGCAGUUUCCAACCCCUUCCAACAGAGGCUGACUCUGUCCCAGAGAGCUCUGGCCAACAUCCACUCCCAGCUACAAGGCCUGGAGCGGGAAGCUGUCCCUCAGUUCUCCACAGCACAGAAGCUGCUGUUAUCCUUGGAAGAGAUGCUGAACGUGACCGAGGGAAACUUCCACCAGUUGGUGGCGCUGCUGCACUGCCGCAGCCUGCACAAGGACUAUGGCGUGGCACUGCGAGGACUGUGUGAAGAUGCCCUGGAAGGCCUGCUCUUCCUGAUGCUCUUCUCACUCCUGUCUGCAGGGGCCCUGGCCACCAGCCUCUGCAGCUUGCCCCGUGCCUGGGCCCUCUUCCCUCCCAGUGAUGACUACGAGGACACAGAUGAUGAUGACCCUUUCAACCCUCAGGAAUCCAAGCGCUUUGUGCAGUGGCAGUCUUCCAUCUGAGGCCCUCCUCUCCACCAGCCUGGAGCUUGCCUCUCCUCUUUGCUCCUUUCCUGGCUGCUGGAGGAGGCCCCACUAAGCAGACCUGACUGGGCUGUGACCACUAACACUGCUGGCCACGAACACCUUACAUAGGACAGCUUCCUGCUCUGGCCCCAACACUCCCCACCGCCAUCUGUCAUUAGCACUGGGGACUGCUGAGUGUCAGAACAGGGACCAGCACUAGCUGAGCUGGGGGCAGACCUACAGAAGCUGCCCCUCACCCCUUGCUGACAGUCCUGUCUUUGAAAGGACUGAGCUGGGGUGGGGAUGUGGAUGUCUCUGCUCCGGCCACAUGCCCCAGUGAUCUCAACUAGUGGCACUAACUUUCAAGUGGGCUGAUUUGAAGUAAAAGGGAAGACUUCAUUUUACAGGUGGCUUAGGCCCUUCUUAUUGCUCUUCUCCUGGGAGAGGAAGUCCUGGCUGGUUAGGGAGACCUAGGGGCUGACAGCCAAUUCUCCUAUGGUUCAGGCUUAGCACUGCUCUGGUUCUAAAAGUUACACAUGUAUCCUGACCCAGGAAGAGGCAGAUCUCUGGAAGAAAAGAAACCUAGAGCUAGCUCAAACAUGAGUAGAUUCACAUGACUGAAGUCUAGCUUCAAGUCUGUGUGAAAUCCGAAAGGCCUGUUGGGUUUAGAAGUGAUGCAGGCUCAACUAGCUGUCCAUCAGCCGAAAAUGCCCGUGCAACAUGGACAGAAAACUUGAGUGUGUGCUAGAAAAGGGACCGAAGUGUUCCAAGAGAAAACAGGAGCAUAUGUGUGCUGCAUAGCCAGGGCUGUGCAGGGGGAAACCUUUUAAGAAUGGUAUUAGAAAUCCAGACAGGAAAAGAUGAGGUAUUCAGUGAAUCUGGGGUCAAAAAUAAUAUGAAGUUGAAAGGCAAAUUUAUUGUCUGGGGAACAAUGUACAGGUUUUUGUUGUUGUUAGCACAUAUGACAAAGAAAAAAUAUCUUUAAUACAUAAUCUACAAAAGCUUCCAUUUAUCUAACAAAAAGACAACUCAAUUUAAAAUUAAGCCACUUGGCUGAGUGGGAUGGCACACGACGUUAGUCCUAGCACUCAGAAGGCUGAGGUAGGCGGAUCUCUGUGAGCUCCAGGCCAGUCUGUUCUAUAUAGUGAGUUCCAGGACGGCCAGGGCUACAGGGAGACCAUCUCAAAAAUAAUUUUUUUUAAGUUAAAUUAAAAUAUGCAAUUAGAUUAAGGAAGCAAAAACACCAAGAUAAACAGCAGACCUGUUCAAGUUCUUAUGAUUUGGAAACACAAUGUGCUACACUUUUCCCCAGGAUCUAGUAUUGUGACAUUAACUUGGCUGCUGUCCUGUGCUAAUCAGGAGACAUAGGGAAGAGGAAUUCAAUUAUGACGCCCUCCCCACCCCCAGGCUGUGAACCCCCCAGUCAUGUGAAAAAACGGAAAAAUCUGCUGGAAUGUGAAAGACUGAAAACCAUACCUCUUGACUGGUGAUCCUGGUGAUCUGGAACCAGGUCCCAGAAGAAGCACAGGCAUCUAAAGAUGUGUGUGGAGCGUCCUCUGCUCCAACAACGCUCACACCAGUUAAACCAGGAGACCGGAAGUCCACAAAAAAGAAGUUAUUUGCACAGCAGAGCUCCCCUCGGGACUUGCAGCUCCGUGGGGGAAAACGGUGGAGGGAGGGCCAGGAACGCAAGCACAGACGGUUCACAUCCCAGAUGGUCCUUAGCACAGCUGGAUGCCUCUGGGCCCUAGUCCCAGUACCACCCUGCUGGUCCUGGGCAAGUUAUUUGGCCUUUCGAACCUCAGUUGCCUCGUUAAGCAAAUGGGUAUCAUAAAUCUAAGAAACUCAGCUUUGGGACAGGCGAAAUGGAAGCUACAGGCAACACGAUGCCUUUUACACCCUGGCACGCAAAAAAUAUUAGUGGAAAAAGCCCUGAAAUCUAAAUAAACUCUGCGGCUUAGUUAAGAGCAAUGCAACAAUGUCAGUUUCUUACUUUUAAGAAAUAAAACCAUAGUAAAUGCGAGGCGAUAACAAUAGGGGAAAGUGGGCAGAGGAUGCCCGACUUCCGUACUGGCGAUUUUAUUUUCUUCUGUAAACCUAAGUUUAUUCCAAAAUAAAAGUUCAAACAACAAAAA